UCGGAUGUAUCGAUGUACUCGGGGUAUACCUCGGUAACAUCGUUCAGCAGUGUCGGGUCUACAGCAUCCUCAACAUCCUCGAGACGGAUGAUCAUACCGCUAUACAAUCUUCAAGCACACAACGUCAUGACCAAUGUCAUUGUCGACGCAGGCACCGACGCCAAGGUGGCUAAAUUCCAAAGACGUGGCUUAGAAGUCAUCGGCUUGGCUGUCCUCGAGCCUAUCGAGGUCUGGCCUGGAGCUUCAGUUGACUCUGACUUCGGACAUGGACCAUCCAUCGAAGGACAACCACAACUCCUGGGAGUUGAACCGCCACACACCGCUACAUCCUCCGCCGUCUCACUCACUUCCGAUACCCUCAAUACCCACAGCACCCACGACAGUUCGACAGUACCCACGACACCUCUCACCCAACAACUACAACAACAGUCCGAACGCAAUGCCGGCGGUGGUGCGCGCAAGUUCUUUGGCAAGAUGUUCAAGAAGAAGGGGUCUGAGACGUCAUCCGGCUCCGGAGCCCAACCGCCUCCUCCUCUUCCCCUGCAUGUCCAACAAGAGCAGACAACACGAUCGGUCAAGAGAUCGUCCUUGUUGUUGGCUGCAAGUCAGUUGACUUCACACCUACCGUCCCCAUCAAGUUCGACUUUCCAUCCGCAGUCGCAAGUUUUACAUUCACAAGGUGCCUCUGGGAAUGGAGAGCCUCCACCUUCUGCGACUGUGACCCAAUAUACAAUAUUGGGUAUU